ACAAACCAUGUCAAAGCUCUCAGCUUUAGUACAAGAAUUCCAUUGAAUCUGAUAUUCGCAUAUCUCAGGAGAGAGAGAGAGAGAGAGAGCGCAUAUCUCAGGAGAGAGAGAGAGAGAGAGAGAGAUGGCAGUUGGGUUAUUGGAGGUGAAUCUUGUGAGUGCAAAGGGCCUUGGAGAAACCCAUUUAUUCAGUCGUAUGGAUCCGUAUGUUGUGAUUGAAUACAAAGGCCAAGAGAGAAAGAGCAGCGUCGCCAGAGAACAAGGAAGCAGUCCGGAGUGGAACGAGAAAUUUACGUUCAGGGCAGAAUAUCCAGGUUCAGGGGGAGAGUAUAAGAUCACUCUCAAGAUCAUGGACCAAGACACCUUCACUUCUGAUGACUUUAUCGGCCAAGCGACAAUAUACGUGAAAGAGUUAUUGGCACUGGGAGUGCAGAAUGGAACUGCCGAACAACAUCCUCUUUACUAUAGCGUUGUUCGCGCUAAUAAUACUUAUCAUGGGGAGAUCAAAGUCGGCCUAACUUUCACUCCGCAAGUAGAACAGGAUGACGGGGAACAAUCGUUUGGAGGAUGGAAGAACAGUGCUGCGUAUCCAUAGAGAAACAAUACGUCUGCAGAUGGGGUUGCAUUGCAGAGUAGGGUUUGAGUUCGAGUCCGGGCCCACACUCGAUCUGUGGGACCCAUGCUGAUCGUAGAUAAGCUCCAAGUAAGAGAGGAUUUUGGGGCUGGUGUGUUUGCAAGGCCUAGGCUUAUUUCCACUUUAGCCUCCUUGUAAUCUCUCAAAUCCUUGGUUCUUGGGUUUGAAAGCAAAUUCCGUAAUGAUUUUAUCUUCUCGCACAUCUAUGCUUCCGACUCUGUAAGAUUAUGUAUACGAAUUUCUUUUCCCUAUUAUUGCUUGUAUAAGAAAAAAUAUUUCGCCCUU